GGCCCCGGAGAAGCCCGGGCGCAGCAGCCGGCCAGCCGGGGGGCGCUGCCCGCGCGGGCGCUGGACCCACACCCAAGCCCGCUGAUCACCCUGGAGACCCAGGAUGGCUACUUCUCUCACCGGCCGAAAGAGAAAGUGCGGACAGACAGUAACAAUGAAAACUCGGUCCCCAAAGACUUUGAGACCGUGGACAACAGCAACUUCGCACCCAGGACGCAAAAGCAGAAGCACCCGCCCGAGCUGGCGAAGAAACCCCCGAGCAGGCCGAAGGAGCUUUUGAAAAGGAAGCUGGAGCAGGAGAAGGGGCAGGGACCUCCGCUCCCAGGCAAAGGUGCCAACGAGGUGCUGCCGCCUGGCGACAGAGCCCCAGCGAACAGCAGCCGUGGGAGGGAAGCCCCCAGACAGCCACACUCCAGGAAAAGCGGGGGCGGCUCCCCGGAGAUCAAGCAUGACCAGCCCCCCAAGUGCGACAUCUCAGGCAAGGAGGCCAUCUCCGCCCUCUCCCGCUCCAAGUCCAAGCACUGCCGUCAGGAGAUCGGGGAGACCUACUGUCGUCACAAGCUGGGACUGCUGAUGCCCGAGAGGGUGACUCGGUUUUGUCCCCUGGAAGGCAAAACCACCAAGAACGUGCAGUGGGACGAGGACUCGGUGGAGUAUAUGCUGGCCAACCCGGUGAGAAUCGCCUUCGUCCUGGUGGUCCACGGCCGGGCCUCGCGUCAGCUGCAGCGCAUGUUCAAGGCCAUCUACCACAAGGACCACUUCUACUACAUCCACGUGGACAAGCGCUCCAAUUACCUGCAUCGACAAGUGCUCCAGUUCGCCAGGCAGUAUGACAAUGUCCGUGUCACCCCCUGGAGGAUGGCCACCAUCUGGGGGGGCGCCAGCCUCCUGUCCACAUACCUGCAGAGCAUGCGGGACCUCCUGGAGAUGGCCGACUGGCCCUGGGACUUCUUCAUCAACCUCAGCGCCGCUGACUACCCCAUCAGGACCAAUGACCAGCUGGUGGCAUUUCUCUCCCGAUACCGAGAUAUGAACUUCUUGAAGUCACACGGCCGGGACAAUGCCAGGUUCAUCCGGAAGCAGGGCCUGGACCGGCUCUUCCUGGAGUGUGACGCCCACAUGUGGCGCCUGGGGGACCGGCGGAUCCCGGAGGGCAUUGCCGUGGAUGGCGGCUCCGAUUGGUUCCUGCUGAACAGGAAGUUUGUGGAGUAUGUGACGUUCUCCACCGACGACUUGGUGACCAAAAUGAAGCAGUUCUACUCCUACACGCUGCUUCCUGCUGAGUCUUUCUUCCACACGGUCCUGGAGAACAGCCCCCACUGCGACACCAUGGUGGACAACAACCUGCGCAUCACCAACUGGAACCGCAAGCUGGGCUGCAAGUGCCAGUACAAGCACAUCGUGGACUGGUGCGGCUGCUCGCCCAACGACUUCAAGCCGCAGGACUUCCACCGCUUCCAGCAGACAGCCCGGCCCACCUUCUUUGCCCGCAAGUUCGAAGCCGUGGUCAAUCAGGAGAUCAUCGGGCAGCUGGACCACUACCUGUACGGGAGCUACCCGGCGGGCACCCCGGGCCUGCGCUCCUACUGGGAGAACGUCUACGACGAGCCGGAUGGCAUCCACAGCCUGAGCGACGUGACACUCACCUUGUACCACUCGUUUGCCCGCCUGGGCCUUCGACGGGCUGAGACAUCACUGCACACGGAGGGGGACAACAGCUGCCGGUACUACCCAAUGGGCCACCCCGCAUCCGUGCACCUCUACUUCCUCGCUGACCGCUUCCAGGGUUUUCUGAUCAAGCAUCACGCUACUAAUCUGGCCGUGAGCAAACUCGAGACGCUGGAGACGUGGGUGAUGCCAAAGAAGGUCUUCAAGAUCGCAAGCCCGCCCAGCGACUUCGGGAGGCUUCAGUUUUCCGAGGUCGGCACUGACUGGGAUGCCAAGGAGCGCCUCUUCCGGAACUUUGGGGGCCUCCUGGGGCCCAUGGAUGAGCCAGUAGGCAUGCAGAAAUGGGGCAAGGGCCCCAACGUGACCGUGACCGUCGUCUGGGUGGACCCCGUCAACGUCAUCGCAGCCACCUACGACAUCCUGAUCGAGUCCACUGCCGAGUUCACCCACUACAAGCCCCCUUUGAACUUGCCCCUGAGGCCUGGCGUCUGGACAGUGAAAAUCCUCCACCACUGGGUGCCGGUUGCAGAGAGCAAAUUCCUCGUCGCGCCUCUGACCUUCUCCCACAGGCAGCCCAUCAAGCCGGAGGAGGCCCUGAAGCUGCACAGCGGGCCGCCCCGCGGUGCCUACAUGGAGCAGAGCUUCCAGAGCCUGAACCCCGUGCUCAGCCUAACCAUCAGCCCCGCGCAGGUGGAGCAGGCGCGCAGGAACGCGGCCGCCACCGGCCCCGUGCUGGAGCGCUGGCUGGACGCGCUGGUGGGCACCAUGUGGACCGCCAUGGGCGUCUGCGCCACCGGCCCCACCGCCUGCCCCGUCAUGCAGACCUGCAGCCACACAGCCUGGAGCUCCUCCAGCCCGGACCCCAAGUCGGAGCUGGGGGCGGUCAAGCCCGACGGCCGGCUCAGGUAGCACCGCGCACGCGUGAGCCACAGCUGGUCGCCAAGGGAAAGCGGCCGGAGGGCCGGCGGGGCCUGGACCUGGCCUCCCACCCCGGGGGCGCCUUUUGUGGGAGCGGCUCUCCUGGCUGUCGAACGAUGGAGAAAGAGGGUUUGAAGGCCAGAGCGGGGUCUGCCGACCGCCUGCGUUUGGCAAGCCGGCUACGGGGGCGGCGGAGGGCGGGGCGCCGUCUCAGCGCCGUGGUCUUACCUCUUCUGGUCGGUCCUCGAGCCCUUGUGGUCCCCCUCCAGUGACCCGACCCCCCAGACAAGUGAUUCUCCAACUUUUACUUUGAGCAGCACUUUGUUUACUAAGCGCAGUCAUGGGUGGAAGUUCAAGGUGCGGCCGAGCUCCCGGCUGCUCUGGUUGGAGUUGGGAGGGGAGGUUCCUUCUCAAAGCUCGGCCCACGGGCGGUCCCCUUGCCAAGUGCAUCUCCUAGGUACCUCGUCAGAACCCAAGGGCUCCGUAAAACCCAGUGUGACCAGCACUGCCCACACCCGCUCCCCGCUCCCCUGGGCCGGGGAACCCUGGAGUCAGUCCUGAAACGACCGGCCACUGGAAGGAAGUCCCGCUCACGGGCCCUUCCCCAGGCAGGCAGCGGGCUCCGGAGGGCUCCGAGCCCCCCGCAAGCCCUUCUUCUUAGUAGCUAGAUGUGCAGGAAAGCCCUUUGAUGUGACAUGGCCAAGUCCACCGAGCUUGACUGCCAGUGUCCUGGGUUCCAGGCCGCCCUCCCUUGACUUGGGGCCAACACGGGCCAACGCUGCUGAGUCUCGAGUCUCCUGGCCAUUCACGGGCCAGGAGACCAAGACUGUGACCUCACGGGCCAUGAAACUCACAGAGAUGGUUUGGAGCCGAACCACCCCGAGCUGCAAAGCACAGCAGUGCCCUCAUCUGCCCAAGCCCUUCCGUGCCGAGGUCAGGCACUCCAGACCUUUGAGAACCACAUACUCGGUGCUGUUGGGAGUGACCAAACCACAGGGACCAGACUUUUCACAUCCAGGAAAAAGCAUUUCUGAUUUGGUUUUGGUUUUUAAAUUCAUGCCCUUCCUUUCCGAGGUGCCAACGGGCCCACCUGACAUGCAGCGUACAGGCUUGAGUACCUGGUGGUUUCAACCCUAAACCAUAGUGUUAUUCAAAUGACUUGAGUUACAGGAACCUGAAAGGUGCCCCCCUCCCCAGAGGCCCCCCUCUGCCUCUGACCCCACCCUCCCCCUAAAGACAGGGUUCCCUUGAGAAAGUCCCACCUGCAGCUACAAACUGUCCUUCCCAGGAGAGCAGUCCUUGGAGUAUAUCUCCCCAGUGUGAGUUCAAAGGUACCGCAGUUCCAGCCGUUGCCCCCAAAACCACCUCAUCCCCUGCCCAGCAAGGCAGGCUAGGCUGUCCCAUGGGCAAUGGAGGAUAUGAAGAAGGGACACGUUAGGUAUUUAUUAUUUUAGUCAAUGACUAAUUAGUAGGUGCUGUUUUUGCAGCUUGUCAAUUAUGUUAUCUUACUAACGGAAGCUGCCUUUAUUCACAAAAGGCCCCCCCACCCAGCCCUUCGCCUCCCUCUCCUCCUCAUCGCCUAGUGUCUCUCUCUCUCUUCUCCCCGCCCCCCCCAUUCUCCAUGUUCUCAGAGAAAAGCAGGGCUGUUGGGCACCAUGAGGGCACUUCGACCAUCAUCAUCCACUCUCUGGAAGUGGGGUGACUUUGGAGCCUCGAUUGCCCUGUUAGCCUCAUCGACUCGGUUCUGGGGGUGUUGGAAUUCCUGAGCCAUCCCUGCCUCCUCCCUGGCGGGCCUCCCUCUGCCAGUCUAACCCUGGGCCUCCAUGUGACAACCUGACAGAGGGACGCAAGCCCAGCAAGAUCUAUUUUAGGAAAAGGGUAGGUGGUCAGAGCAGGCAGGGGAGCCCAGGAGAUGGUCACUGUCAACAGUGGCUCCAGGGAGGGGCCUUCUCAGAAAGCCCGUCUGAUCUGCAGAUGGACUUACAUACUGGGAGGCCUGUGUCACUGCAGCGGCUUGGAGAGCUCAGCCCCGUCACGCCCCCUGUGCAGUGCACGCCUGCAGGUUCCCACACGGGACCUUCCUUACCCACUGGUGUUUGUUCCUACCAUGGAGCAGGUGGCAGAGCUGGCUUCCUCUGGGGACACUCCCCACCCUGUUCCUGUCCCGGGUUUCAUGCCCUACUCACCGCGAUGAAUUCUGGGACGCUGAGCAGUCACCCGGGAUGUUCCUUCAUGUCCGCUGCUGUUGAACAGAGAAUAAUUUUGCAGAUGUUACACUUGCUUAAAAAAAAGAAUUCCAAACAAAGCCCAGGAUAAUGUGAGAAACGGUGAUAUUUUCCAGGGAAAAUCGUUCAGCUCAUAUUCUCUAUCUGCCCAAGGAUGAUUUACUUGUUCGAGGCCACUGGUCAGACAGGACUUUAGUGAGGGCUGCCUGAGGUUUUUACAAAUGUGAGACAGAAGUCUCUGGGCCGUGACGGCCAGGUCCCCAGACUGCGAGAGGGCUCAGAGGUGGGACGUGGGGGUGAGUUCCCAGGGAGAAAGCAGCAUUAGCAGGCUGUGGCACUCUGUCCGGUUUCCCAGCCAGCCUGCUGACAUGCAGGCAGAAACGGGGCUCCGGAGGCCGCUGGCCCCGCAGUCCGCUCCCCGGCCACGCACGCAGGCCUGCGUCUCCAUCUCCGCGUGGGCAGGAGCAGUUCCGGGGGCCUGCGUUUCAGCAAGUGCACCAGUUCCUCCCUUUGGAGAAAGGCCUUUCUGGGUGGAUCAGGAGUCACUCUGACUCCAUUGCCCACAGUUAGCUGAACUUUGCAGAGGCUGAGCAAGGCCACACAAGCUCCUGAAGGGGGCACACUGCAGCCCCUCCAGGCACAUGCGUCCUUCCGCUUCCAGGGGGUGAGGAGGACCCUGGCUGGGACUUGGUCCCUAUGUCAAGGUCAUGCAGAACAGAGGAGAGCAGCAGCUCCGGGGGUGGGGGUGGGGGGGUGAAGGCCCUUUUCACAGCCAAGGUCCCUGGGAAGCUCGGGACAGGAGCCCCCAGCAGCAUCCAAGGGGGACACACUAGGCACAGCUGUUUGCAAAGGCUGCCCGAUCGGAGCCGCACCCUAUAGCCGGGGUCACCAGUGCCGUGGGGCCCAGGACACGAACGCAGAAGCAGCUGGUGUAAGACCAUGGAGCGGUGGGGACGUUGUGGUCUGCUGGCUCGGCCGCCCGCUGCCUGUGAUAAAGCAGACCUGGGAGCUGCGUCCCCCAGUGGGGCGGGGAAGCCGGAAAUUCACCUGCUUGUAGGAAAUGUGACUUUUAAAUCUUGGCAGCUUUGUUUUCUUUUCAACGGGAUGGGCACAGAGAACGCCCACAGCUCAGCCUGUGCAGGGGCAGUGACCUCGCUCUCCUGAGGGGGCGUUUAAAAGGUUGGGCAUCGCCGCUGGGCAGGAGGGAAAAGCGGCUGAGAAAGGGCAGAAAUGACUGCCCGUGUUGAGCUCUGGCAGGAGCAGGAACCUGAGUCGUCAAUCCCGUCCCAAAAGGGAUGGGCCCCCAGGAGGUGUCCCGGGAGAACUGGCUUGUUCCGCUCCCCUGGUCCCAAGACAAUCUGUCUGUGCUGAAUGGAAGAAGGAACGGAAUUUGGGGGCCCCGUCUGCUGCCCCUUACCUGAGGGGGUCCACGUCUGUCCAGGCCACACCAUCUGGAAUUCCAUCACUCCCAGGCAGAGAGGUCAGGGACGGGGUCCAGGAUGAGGGGGUGGUGUGUAGAAAAGGUCAGGUGUCAGCGCCAUCUUGCCACGUGUCUGGAAGCUUCCUGGGCGGCCUGGCUGGAGCUGUGCUCGCUCACAGGAUGUCCAUGCUUCUGCCUCAGUUACCUUACUCGCCCACGGGUCUACCACAGGCGCUACCUCACCGUGUCCGCUGAGACGUUUACCUGGAGGGAAAGAAAGACAGCCACAUCUGCUUGAUCUGAAUGUACAAUCUAUGCAAAUUCUCUCCCUCAGUCUGUCUCGUUUUUUUUUUUUACCUUCCAAACAAGAUACUCUUGUACAGACCGCUUUUAAGACUGAGGGCUUUCUUGUACCACCUGUGUCCACCUGUCCCGUUGUCUUUGCUUCUGUCCAUGCCAAGCCCACACAGGGAGAACGUGGCCCUCACCCCUGUCCACCUGGCUGGGAGCGCUCCACCGGCCUCAGCCCACAGACCUCACGGGAAAGCAGGUUCUGCCCCUUGCCACCUCCACUCCUAACUCGUCUCCGUUCCUCACUUGCCUCUGACUUGCGUAUCCCCUCCCACCCCACCCCCCAAAAAGCCUUAGGUUCUCCUUUUUGAAAUGUGGCCUUAAAAUUAUUUUUGGAAAGCUGACCUCCCUCUCAUUUCCACCAACAUCUGAGAAGAAAGAGCCUCUUGAAGCUUUUGUGGCAGCCCCCUAAGCGAGCGGCGGCCAAUCUGUAGUUUGCAGAUGCUUAGAAAUUGCUAAUAAAUGUUGUCUGUAAGAAAAAUAUCCUUAAAUGUUUCCUAUGGGUAAAAUGAAGGCCUGGGUGCUCGUCUAAACCUCAGCCGGCUCCUGAUGCGCUCAGAGCGGGCGGCCGCGGGAGUGGGCUGGCGCCAUCACCCCCAGAGUGCUACCUCCACUUUCCACCCCUCCCCUCCCCCAGAGACGGGGCGACUGUGUGCUUCCGUCAAGGGUACAUCAGGAGAGUCCCGCCAUGUAUCUCUGUCCUUCCUGCCUGGAAAGUGAUAGCAUUCAACGCUCCCAGCGGAUGGCUCCUGUUCUCCAAGGGACCACACUCUCCCUGCCUUCAAAGCCCCUCCGUCGCUCCAGGGCUGAUGGAGGCCAAAGACAACCCAGGGUUUUCAUAGGAAACUCACUGGAACUGAACGCAAUCGUCUUUGUAGUCCUUUCGCCUUUUAAAAAAUAUUUUUUUAAUAUUAUGUUGUCAAUAGCAUUUGUUUGGGUAUUUUUUAGAGGCCUCACGAUAAGUUAUUACCACCCCCUUCAUUUUUCUUUCAAAGACAUGUGGUGAUAUAGUUUCUAAAAAUAACUAUUUUGUUAUAGAUCAUAAUAUGCAUAAAACUGUACAGAAAUAUUUUGUAAUGUAUUGAUUUUUUUAAAAAGAGAAUCUGUAAAUAAAGUUUUAAAAAAGAGAGAGAGAAUUCAAAUGGCACACACUGAAAGAUGUAGAUAUUUUGCUAUUUAUUUAAAGGAGUAUUUUAAGAGAUAUUGAGCUAUCCGAAAUUGACCAGUAAUCAAAGUUCCAACCCUGCAAAUGCUUUUCCUCGCGGUAGAAUGUGAUUCUCAAAAACAAUUGCACUACCCACCCAUUUUUGCACCUUUUCUGUCUUUUCAUUUAGCAGAAAAACAACGAAAUUGUGCCUUAGCUGUUGUUUUUUGUUUUUGUUUUUCUGUCUAGGGGAGUUUGUUUCUGUGUGACAAAGCAAAAUUUUUUGCAGAAAAAAAAGUGGAUGUAAUAAAUACUGUACCAUACCAAAAACACUGCAGGUGUAUAUAGAUGCUUUCUGUCAUACUGUGUUUUCAGAUGCAGAAUUUUAAAAUUAAAAAAAAAAAGAAAUACUGUCUUAA